AUGGCGGCCAGCGCCGGCAGCAAGAUCCGCAACGCCAAACUGGUUCUUCUUGGCGAUGUGGGUGCUGGGAAAUCCAGCCUGGUGCUUCGGUUUGUAAAAGGACAAUUUGUUGAAUUCCAGGAAUCGACAAUUGGAGCGGCUUUCUUCUCUCAAACAUUGGCUGUUAAUGACGAGACUGUGAAGUUUGAAAUUUGGGAUACUGCUGGGCAGGAGAGGUAUCACAGCUUGGCCCCCAUGUACUACAGGGGUGCUGCCGCAGCCAUAGUUGUCUAUGACAUCUCGAACCAGGCAUCCUUCACCCGAGCAAAGAAAUGGGUUCAAGAACUUCAAGCUCAAGGAAACCAGAAUACAGUAGUGGCUCUUGCUGGCAACAAAGCUGAUUUGCUUGAGGCGAGGGAGGUUCAAAUAGAGGAAGCCAAGACGUAUGCGCAGGAGAAUGGCCUCUUCUUCAUGGAAACAUCUGCUAAAACUGCAACCAAUGUGAAUGACAUAUUUUAUGAGAUUGAUGCUAAUGUUUCAUCGAUUCCCAUUGCAGCGAAGAGAUUGCUGCAAGGGCAGGCAGCGCAGAACCCACAGGCGGCGGGGAUGGUUCUCUCCCAGAGACCCAAUGAGAGAGUGGUCAGCGCGGCUUCGUGCUGCUCCUCCUGA